AUGUAUGUGAAAUGGUUUGAUACAGGAAUGUUAUACUAGUAAACAUCUCGGCAAUGACAGCAAAAAUGAAAUUUUUUAAAAAUUUCAAAUUUGCCGCUGGUUCCGGCGCCCGUACGUCCCAACAUCACAGGGACCGGAACACAGAAGCCGGAUGCUGGCAUCGGCCGGAGGAGAUGGCCGGGGACGCUGCAGGGGACACAUCGCGGGAGCGAAGGACAAGGUAAGUGCUGCAGGGACCCCCGGAGCAAUGCCGCAUGGUAAGCCCGAGUGUAGCUCGGGGUUACCGCUCUUGGUACUCAAAUUUUACCCCGAGCUACACUCGGGAAUACCGCUGAGGAGGUUA